AUGCCUAGAUCUAUUCUAGUAGUAGGGGCAACUGGAAAUCAGGGCGGCGCAGUCAUUAACAAUCUCCUGCAACUUGAGGCUGACUUCACCAUUCUCGCCGUCACGCUCAAUGCUGCAUCUCCAUUGUCCCAGAAGCUCACACAGAAGUCGUCCAAGAUUAAGGUGGUGCAGGGAGAUCUCGAACAUCCCGCCUCGCUGUUCGAGAACACCAGGCUGGUCGAGUCUGAGCCAGUAUGGGGGGUCUAUUUUGUACAGAAUCCAUUCGCCAGCAAUCAUACCCUGGAGCAAGAGUUGCAACAAGCAAAGAAAUUCAUCGACGAAUGUAUGAAACAUAAAGUGAGCUUCUUCGUCUACGGCUCUGUUGACCGUGGUGGCGAAAGGUCGUUCAACAACCGUACACCUGUCCCACACUUCGCCAGUAAAUAUGACAUUGAAUACUACCUGGCCGAAAAAGCCCCAAUGGCGAACAUGAACUAUACUUUCCUCCGGCCAACUGGUUUCAUGGAUAACUACAAACCGGGAUUUCAAUCCAAGAUGUUCUUGACGUGCUGGAAGAUCGCCCUUAAAGACAAGCCGCUACAACUCAUUGCUGUUUCUGAUAUAGGAUACUUCGCGGCACAGGCAUUUAUGGACCCACAACGGUACAAAGGUCAGGCUAUUUCGCUAGCUGUCGAUGAGUUGACAUUCGAUCAAGCUGCCAAGAUAUUCGAGAAAGCGACUGGUCAGAGAAUACCCCUUACUUUCGGUUUCGUCGCUUCCAUUGUUCUCUUCCUUUUAAAGGGUAUCGUUGCAAUGUUCCAGUGGAUGGUGGAAGAGGGCUUUGGUGCUAGUGUCCAGGAGCUGAGGGAGAGUCAUCCGGGUAUGGUGGACUUUGCAACCUAUCUCGAGACGGAAAGUGGAUAUGUAUCAAAAGGUGAUAAGUAA